GAAGAUGCGGAGGAGAGUGAUACCAUCUUGCAGGCGCUCUCGCGCUCGUCCCUCUUGCUGGUUGCAUCCGCCGGGAACCACGGGUCUCUCUGGGAGCUGCCGCGUUACAGGAGGAGAAGACCCACGCCCGUCCAGGAGGCAUUUCAAUACCGCUGCCAGUGCAGCUAUGACAAUGACACUCGCGGACGGUGCACGAGGAGCAGAGGCAGUUGGAACAGCAGAACGAGGACGCACCAUCGUGGGUGCGAGUUGGCUCAAUGCUGAUGCGCCGGUGAAAUCAUCAACCUGGGCAUGUCGUGAAGAAGUAUCUUCGUCCUCAAAUGCAGAGAUACCACGUGUGUCCUUUUUACAGCGGCAUUUCCAUAAAAAAAUGCAUGAUUUUGGGCGGCAGGGACGGACUAUGGAACUCCUUUCGUUUCUUGAAAGGCAUGAACAUGAGAUGGACACAACAGACAAAGUUGCAGGUAUACAAGCGCUCUUGUUGUUAUGGUUGAUGUAGACACCAGUAGUUACUAGUAGGUACUAUAUUAACACCGUAGAAGUUGAAAUUAACAUAAGUACACAAAAUACAAAUAGAAGACGUUUCUUGAAUGAAAUGUUCUUUCUCCCAGUAGCCCGCAUCUUUCUGCAGGCGGACGAUAUCGUUCAAAAUUUGGAUGCUUGGUAUACAAGUUCCUACUUUAAUGUUGUGCAAGGAAGCUAGGGGCCCGGUUUGCCCGCGGCCGAGGCUGGUGAAGCGCGUAGUGGAUAGCAUCCUGAGCGACCCGGCUCUUGUCCUCCACGAUUGUGGCCGACUCUUUACCAAUCUUUGCAUCUAUCUGUCGAGACUGCGCAUCCCCGAAGCGCCAGUGCCGAGGUAAAGAAAUAAUUCCGAGCGCAUACUGGUGCUGGGUAAAAAACUUUGACAACCUAUAAACUCAAACGCUCCAGCACAACUAGUAAGUUUCUCUAAAAGCAUUUUACUUUUUUGAAAUAUUCAAUCCAAUCGCCACGACGCUGCCAGUAACUAAGUACUUAUCUUCUACUUGUUCUACUAUCGCAUGUCGACGUUUACUAACUGCGUGUUGUGUUGAAAUUGAAACCAGAUUGGGUGACGUAGCUGCGCUAAGCCAAGCAGUCCAGGAGGGCGAAAGAGACCGCCAACGAGGACUCGCUCAACUGCAACAAAUCUUCGGUCAAGGUUAUACCUCUCGAAAUCUUGGGAAUUUGAUGUGGGCACUUGCUAACGCACGUCUCGUGGAGCCUCUCCUGAUCUCCGCAGUUGCCCGUAAACUCUCGAGCGCUGGCGACGAUGUGACCAAAAUGGAAAGAACUGCACGUCAAAAGAGGAAGGAUCAUCACGAGGGCGAGGCUACUGCAAAAACCGACACGGACAUCAAUAAGCGUCGAAGUAAAAAUCCUUUAAGGUUUACCCAUUUACCCUAAUGCAUCGUCUGAAGCAUCGUGGAGCUGUACCAUAAGGGGAAAGCAGCUCCAAGAUGAAUCUCAAGAUGCGUUUGAAUGAGCUCUAAAUCCUGUCGCAGCAGACGUCAAGCCUUCUUUAGCAGAGCCUUCGUCAGCAGACCAGUUUACUUGUCGAUCCCUCGCAGCCUUCGCUUGGGCCUUCGCCACAUUGCGACCGUCAAUCCGAGAUAGAGCAAUCCGGAUGGAAGUGGAGGACGCAAUGCAGCAGCUAGCGAAAAUGAUGAGUUUCAAACUACAAGCCUCUAUGACCACUCGUUUGAAAGACAAGAAAGCAGAAGUAGCUGGCUCCGCAACAGCUGCAUCUUCAGAAGCCGACACAAGAAGGAACAGUACUGGAGCAGUUGAAGUCCUUCCUAGUACGAACAGUGUUACUGUCAGUAGUACCUCGGAUACUGCCCGGACCACCGCGGCAACCUCGUCUUCUAGAAGUACAACAGAAACGGUCAAUGGAAGAAAUCUAUAUCUUGAGGAUCGACGGAAUGAGCUUGAAGAAGAGGACGCCUUUUGCGAACAGGACGUUGCGAAUGCUACUUGGGCCUUUGUUUCCUACCCUAGCGUGGCGCGUGACUCGUGGUAUUCUGCAGUGGCGUCGAAAGUCCCGGCCUCGUUCUUCACCGCGCAGGGCAUGAGUCAGGUUCUCUACGCGCUGGCGAGAAGUCUGCAUCCAGGAGUGCGAGUUUUCGGACCUAAAGUACAAAGAGAGAUACUGCAAAAUAUUGAAGCUGAUCCAAAUUACAUCAUACCAGGAAGUAAGGAUCAUUAUAUCGACGUGUUUUCUUCGCACACUGGACGAGGCAGUCGUGCUGUUGAUAAUUAUACGGGAACGACGAGAACAGAUGCAGGUGCCGCAGAAGGACGAGGACAGGGCGGAGUGUUGUACCUCGGUGAAGGGGGAAAGGAUCUCGACUCGUUUCUGCCAUUUCGUAGUCGGAUGAACAACGCAGUUCCAGAAAGAGGAGAUAGUAAAUCCGCUGGUGGAGAGGUUGCCAAAUCUUCGACGCUUGAGACGUUUGAUAGAGCUGCACUCACAAGUAGCCAUGGAGGUAACGCAGUUGUUUCGCGAUUGACUUCUCGCGCGUUGGCGAACAUUCUCUGGUCUUUGGCUUCAGGCAAGGUCGUGAACGACGAGUUUAACCGAAGAGUGGCGCGGCUCAUGUCUCCUGCAAACUUGAUCGAUGUCUGCAAUUCAGCUUGGGCCUUUAGUGUAAUGAAGUGUUCGGACGAAAUGCUCUACGCAAAGUUGGCUCGCCAUGCGGUGGAAAUACUAGAAAACUUGGUUCGACGCCACGGAGGAGAUGUCAUCCCGCACAGUGCAGACGCCCCAGUGCGGCUAAAUUUAAGGCAGAUAAUUUAGAAAGAAUCGAUAUUUUUGACUCAUCGAUUCUUGGGACUGACUUCCUUGCAUGGAGGAUUUUUAGGUUUUCCGUUUGUUCAGCAGGGCUCUUUGUCUUACCAUUUUAGGCUCAUUUCCAUUCGUCCAAACGAAACAAUUAAGAUGAGUGCCCGUCAAUUGUGUCACACUCACAUCAUCUUAGACCAAGUGAAUACUUAGUUACACCACCAGUCUUGAUGGCGAACACGAGCUGCUUCGUCCAUUAGACUCUAAACUAUGCUGACGCCGCUCGCGUUUUCCAACGCCACAGUGCCCAGGCGGACGCGCUCGUGAAUGACGGACGGGUCUCGAAUGAAAUGCUGAGCACGCUUGCGUGGAGUCUCUGCACUAGGUACGUCACCUCUUGCCAACAGUGCCGAAAGCUGCACCACAUGCUUCGUACCCUUUGUCUCCACGACCUCAAAACGACCAGUUGUACUAGUGCUUCUACAUUGCAAAAUAAUUAUACGGAUGCUGGUUCAACAACAUCUUUCGGCAGUAGUACAAGUAGUGCCAGUGGAUGUCGAAGUGGAGGCACUGGAUCUUCUAUGACGGAUCAUGGAACGAACAACAGAAGAGGAGCAUUCGUAAUGAGUGCUGGAAUGCAGCCCUCACUGCAGGCCGUGCGCGAAGAACUAGAAGCGCUUACUGGCGCAGAUAGUUUGAAGUGCAAGCCGGUGAUUGUGCAGCUCCCAAAUCCAGACCCACGGAAGAAGGGCCAGCUGAGUAAAGUGACGGCUCCAGCAAAUAUGCUGCACCGCAUUGCAACCGACCAGAAGCACCAGAUCGUGAAGCUGUACGAGGAAAAGGACAGCGACAUCGUGGCGAAGACAUCCGCUGGGGAAGUGGAAUCGGGCUCCUUAUCCGGUCUCAGGCUCCAAGUGGAGCGAGAGCGCCAGCACAAGCGUGUGCAGUACGAAAUCGCGAAGAUCGUUGCGCGUCAAAGCCGCACAACGAUCUCGGCUCCAUCGACGGCAAUGCGAACAGAGCGCAGGGCUGCUGGCCGCGGCAGAUCUCCUGACGACCGCGCACCUGCGGUUCGCUUUUCCCCGAGGCUUUACACGCAGGUGCUCGCGACUGCCGCGAGAGUUGGUUCAGGCUUCAAAGGAAACGAAAAGGAAGGCACGACCAACUCAGAAAGUUGGGACUUUUUGGAAUGGGUUUCGUGCGAUUUUGUAGCGCGUUACGGCGAUUACCGCGAAGAAGACAGACUACGGUUAAAGCAAGUGCUCUUGCAAGCGGCGCCAGAGCCUGGGAGGUUGCUCCUCGUCCACUUGCGGGAGGCGCUUUUGAGGGUGCUCUGAUGAAAGAUUUAGCGGAAUUUAGAAGAAAAAGACUGCGAAUGGCCCUUGUGGAAAGUUGUGGGGACCGUGAUUGUGUUGUGCCACUAGACUUCAUCUACAAUUUAUUCCAAGAGUUCAGUCAAGCUUAAGUCUAGGUGAAGUGAGCACUUAAUUACUUCUUUCAUUCCACACCUAAUGAUUUGGAUCCGUUUUCUCGGGAAAAAACCAACAGAAAUUUGGAAGCGCACAACUAUCCAGAAUAUAAUGAACAACGAAGCGUUAGAAAAAUUUAAUGAAGCGUUAAUGGGGGUUCAGAACUUACAAGGAACUUGUUUUUGGGGACACUCAUUCAUCUAGGACAAUUCAUUGAUUGUUGACAAUUCUGAGUCGGCUGAACGACGCCUAUUUCUAUACCAUUAUAGACAGGAUGAAAAAUGAGGUAACAUGACAUGACUGAGCGUUGGCUCUAGUACUAGACACAGGUUACCGGCAUCGCCUUCGGGCGACCUUUCUUGAAGGGUCCG